CUGCCUCUAUUCUGUCCAGGACACCUGAACUGCCAUACAUUCACACACUCACACACACGCUGGAACGUCUGGAUACUCACACACACUCUUAAGACUUAAGUGCUCAUACUCACUCUUACACACACACACACAAACGUACUGGGACACCUGACACACACACACACAAACUGGGAUUAGUUGUUCACCUGAUCGUACCUGGACUCAGUGGAGCAGCGGCAUACCUGCGUUGCCAUGGCCACCGUGCGGAUGAGGCUGAUGGGGCUGUCGUGCCUGCUGGUGCUGUCUCAACUGGGAGACGCCAAGAGAGAGAGAGGAAACAGAGCAGACCUGGAGCCAGGCCAGAGGAUGAAGAUGCCAUACGAGCCGAAGUCGGUGUUCCGGUUCUACACAGGAGGAGACAACAUGGAGGAGACCUGCGUUCUGGAGCUCUUCCAGACACACACAUUCGAAGCCUGUGGCUUCAACAGCACACACCCGCUCCUCAUCAUCACACACGGCUGGUCGGUGGACGGUAUGAUGGAGAUCUGGGUGACCAAACUGGCCACUGCGCUGAAGACAUCGCUCCAAGACGUCAACGUGGUCAUCACUGAUUGGCUGCCCCUGGCCCACCAGCAUUACCCAGUCGCAGCCACCAACACCAGGGUGGUGGGGCAGGACAUCGCUCACCUGCUGCGCUGGCUACAGGACUUCCUGCAGUACCCUGCCAGUAAGGUGCACCUGAUUGGCUACAGCCUGGGCGCACACAUCUCUGGGUUCGCUGGGAGUUACCUGGGAGACUCCAUAGAGGUCGGACGCAUCACAGGUCUGGACCCUGCAGGCCCCCUGUUUGAGGGUAUGUCCUCGACUGACCGCUUGUCCCCGGACGAUGCCCGCUUCGUGGACGCCAUCCACACCUUCACGCAGGAGCGCAUGGGUCUGAGUGUGGGCAUCAAGCAGCCCGUGGCACACUUCGACUUCUACCCCAACGGGGGAGCCUUCCAGCCAGGCUGUCAUCUGCACGUCACCAACCUCUACGCCCACCUCACUCAGUACGGCCUCAUGGGGUUCGAGCAGACUGUAAAGUGUGCCCAUGAACGUUCCGUCCACCUGUUCAUCGACUCUCUGCUCAACAAAGACAAGCAGAGCAUGGCCUACCGUUGCCGCGACGACAGUGCGUUUGAGAAUGGUUUGUGUCUGGACUGCCGUAAGAACCGCUGCAACAAGCUGGGCUACGACAUCAAGAGGGUUCGCACUGCCACCAGCAAGAAGCUCUUCCUUAAGACUCGCUCACAGAUGCCCUACAAACUGUACCACUACCAGUUCCGUAUCCAGUUCAUCAGCCAGAUCGAGACCACGGACCCCUCACUCACCAUCAAACUCGUAGGAACUAAAGGGGACAGUGAACAGCAGUCCAUCAACUUCAUCGAGGAGAUCUCUGGGAAUAAGACCUACUCGUUCCUCAUCACGCUGGACACGGACAUCGGGGAGCUGAUGAUGCUGAAGUUCCACUGGGAGGGCAGCCCUGUGUGGACCAACGUUUGGAACCGCAUGCAGACCUUCGUCCCCUGGGGCCAAGACGCCCGAGGGCCCAAGCUCACCGUUGGAAAGAUCCGCGUCAAGUCCGGCGAGACCCAGGAGAAGUAG